AUGCCGAGAUCUCCAGCCAAUAUGCCCAGACGUUCCUCCCGACUCGACCUCCGAUCAGCGGCUGCCGAAGAACAAAAGAAGCGAGCCUCUGACAACUCGUUUCCCACCCCAGAAGCAACCAGAAAAUCAAAACGACACAAACUAGCUAAAGAUAAACACUCAAUCAAAACGAAACCCGCCAAAUCGACUGAGGAAAAGAGCAGAUACUUCAGGAACCAACCCGCGGGAAGCCUGGAUGCGGAGACCACAGAACUCUCAGGGAUAUCUUCUACUACACCAUCGGCUUACGAAGAGGGCGGCGAGGACUCCCUUUCUGUACCAUCAGCUACAGAUGAAUUCGAAUCCGAAUCCGAAUCCGAAUCUAAACCUACCAAAAGGCGCGGUGGUUGGGGUUGGGCAAGCGGACGGAAGAAAGCAGUAGCAACCGCACAGGGCGCUGCCAGGGCAAAAGCCGGUUCAUCUGCUAAGCCAGCAGAAAAGGGAAAGGAGCUAUGGCGGGAGGGUGUGAAAACCGGUCUAGGACCUGGGAAGGAAGUUUUCAUUAAGCUCCCCAAACCUAGGGAUGCGGGUGAUACACUCUACGAGGAUCAUACAAUUCAUCCGAAUACAAUGUUAUUCCUCAAGGAUUUGAAGGCAAAUAACCAGCGUGAGUGGCUGAAGAUGCAUGAUGCGGAUUUUCGGACCUCAAAACGCGACUGGGACACAUUCGUUGAAAGCCUGACGGAGAAGAUCAUUGAGAAGGAUAGCACAAUUCCAGAAUUGCCUGCUAAAGAUUUGGUGUUCCGUAUCUAUCGAGACAUUCGAUUUAGUAAUGAUCCCACUCCGUACAAACCUCAUUUCUCGGCAGCAUGGUACGCGUUUUACGAGUUGACCGCAUUUAACCGCACUGAUCUCAAUGACGGCGCAGUCAGCCAAAGAGCAGAGCUGAUAAGUAUUUAG